UUCAUGCACACCCCUCACUGUAGUAACCCAACCUUAAACUGACUGGGCUGGGCGGUGAAUCACAUGUGAGGACAGUCUGGUUCUGCUUCAGUGGUUGUGAUUGUCACGCCGGGAGAUAACAGACACUUAAAAAUGGAGGGUUUUAUGAAAGAAAGAUGAGACUCUGAAAGCCAGGAUGAUACUCUUUACUGUGAAGUGAUUUAGUAGACGGGGAGACCUACUCAGAGUACAUGAGAUCCUAUCUGACAUGGAAACCACUUUUAGAUUUAGAUUUUAGGAAGAUCAUACCAGACAGAUGGCUGUGUAAAAUAACUGAUAGGAUAUCCCCAGCUUGAUUUUCAGGCUUAAUAUCUGAUACAAGUUGUCAGUGUUUAUUUCUAUGUGUGUGUGUUUGUGUGUACUGAAGGGCCUGUAUGCAGAUGUACUUUUUUCCUUGAUAAUCCAAGACGGAGACCCUAAUACCCAAAGAUGAGAGGGAUCAGGCACUGUAUGCAAGUUAGGAUGAGUGAUAAGGGUCCUUGUCAUGAGGUUGGCAUUUGAGCGUUUGUGGAGCCAUAUGGGGUGACUUUGAUCCCAACCUCCUCACCCCUGUUUGAUGUUCUGAUAGGGGAACUAUGUGACAUGUUUCUCUGAUGAGACCAAAUUGUUGCCAAUGGGAAAACUAGAUCACAAAAUAACCAGAUCCCUUCUCUUUUCUUUCUUUUUAAAAAUAUCUUUUCUCUUUUCACUCUCUUCCAUUUUUAUGUAUUCACUCAUAUUGUUUUUCUUCUCUUCUUUUCUUAUCGUGUCUCUCCUUUCUUCCACCUCUCCCCACCAAAAGUCAAUCUUUGGAAACCUUAAAAAGGUUUCUCUUGUUUCGCUGGCAUGGGCUGGAUGCAAAAUGAAAUAUUCAAGUCUGAGUGGCUGGUUGGCGGGCCAUUUCCAGGAGGGUCACGGGAAGACUAGCAGCUCACUGAGGCCCUUGUUUUGCAAAAUGCAUGGCUCCCCUUCAUUCCUUCCUCUGACUCCAGUUCUCAUGGGUCUAAGCAGAGGAACUAACCAACAGUAAGAGCAGUCAGGCAGGGCAAGGUUAAGCAUCAAGCUGGGCUUGGGGCCAGUGCUUGGGUGUUUCUCCCUCUGGGCUGCCUUACAUUGUUAAUCAUGGGAGAACUGGCGUUCCAGUACUGUACAACAGUUUCCUUCCUGACAAAAACAGGGAGAAAAGAAGCUCUGUUUGAUACUGAGCGACAUUUGUGUGAGAGUGGGUGUGUGAGUGAGAUAGAGAAAAAGAGACGUGGUUAUCUGGAGUUGAGGGAUGUGUAACAGUUAAAAAGUGAGUCAGCGCGUGCUUCCAUGCGUGUGUACGUCUGCGUGUGCCUCUAUGGCUGAAACGGAUUUGACCCGCUGGAAUUUCCAGCAGUAAGGAAGAAGUGUGACAUUCUAUAGCGCGAAGAAAACCCCGGUCUGGAUUUCAGGAGACAUGCUAAAGGCAUUGUGAUGCAGAGGGUGUUGACGCAGUGGCCGGUCAGCUGACAGCGCUGGGAAAGUCAUCUCAGAGACGUCGGUGACGACGGCGACUUUGAAGUCCAGUCGUGGAAAAACAGGAAGGGACGUGUCGGAAGGGAUCGGUGUGGAAUAAAACAGCGGGUGCUGUGUUGGGCCACAUUGUUUGUGGGGGUGUUGUUGCACCACUGGGUCAUUUGAACUUUAGACCUUCUGGCAAACAGCAAGCAGGACCGGGCCACAUCCCCUGCUGUUGAAAAAAAGAGAAAAGGCCCAUCUUGCCGUUCCUAUCCUGAGAGUUCUUUGGGCUUCUCUCUGUAGCUCCUGUCUUUCUUUCUUUUCCUCUGCCCCUUUUGUCUUUCUCCCUUUUCCCCUCUCUCGUCGCUCACCCUGUUGCAAGACCUUGCUCUCUGCUGCCCCGGAGGGAAGGUUCCGGAGAUGUCAGCCAAAGCUCCCAUCUACCUGAAGCGCCGCAGCCGCAAGGGCAAGAAGGAGAAGCUGCGCGACCUCCUCUCCUCAGACAUGAUCAGCCCUCCGCUCGGAGACUUCCGCCACACCAUCCACAUCGGCAGCGGCGGUGGCGCGGAUGACCUCUUCGGCGAUCUCUCCUUCCUGCAGGGCAAGUUCCACCUGUUACCCGGGCAACAGGGCCACCACGCUUUGUCGCAGUAUGGCGGGAGUGGCGAUGAGUUCCAUUUCAGCCGCACGUCGAGCGUGAGCGGGCACCUGCCAUCGUCUGAGAGUUCGCCACUGCUCAAGAAUGCGCUAUCCCUCCCGGUCAUUGGCAGUGUGCAGGCGCUCACUCUGCCCACCACCGCCCCGACCAUCACCGGUACCGCCGCCCCCCAACCCAUGCCAUCACCCCCACAAACCACACCCCACUCCCCUCCUGCACCCUACCAAGCCCCGCCACCCAAACCUCCCAGACUGCACCUGGAGGACCGCGCCCUGACGUCAUCACCACCGCCCUACCCUAUGUUGGCGUCUCCGGAAAAGACCACGUCUUCGCGGUUCAGCCCGACGCGCUCCAGCGAAGACGAGAGCUUCGGGAGAGAUGCCAGCACACCGGAGGAGGACACGGGGCUCCAGGAGAGACCCUACCUGUCCCACGCCGGCUCCCUGCUCUCCCUGCACCUGGACCUGGGGCCGUCCAUCCUGGAUGAAGUGCUCCAGAUCAUGGACAGCCAGCACCUAGGGGGGCUCAAUGGGGGAUGUAUGUCAGGGGGCAGACAGGAGAUCUACACCUGAAGACAAUGAACCCCCCCCCC